UUAGAGACCAAAUGUGGCAAAUACUCUUUAAAAAAAAAAAUAAAAAUUAAAAACAAACCCUGAUAUCCUUAGUCUCUUUCUCCUCUCUCCUUCUCGUUUCGUCUCGUCUCUUGAUCUCGGCGACGGAAAGCGCCGACACGCAGCGCCAGAGCCAGAGCUAGCGCAGCUCUUCUACUCCCGCCUCCAGCUCUCCUGACGCCGACUUGCACAGGUUAAGUUCUCUACAACCUAACCAACCCGCCAAAUGAACAGCUUCAGACUUUAGCUGGAGAUUUUAAGCAUUCUUUUUGGGAACUCCGGGACCUAUAUUUUGCUUUUUUUCAAGUUCACCCGCUACGAUUCACAAUUUUUUCGAAGUAAAUCAAUUUUCUGCUCAAUGACAUAUUGAUUUCGCUCAAUUCAUCAAUACUAUGAGGAUUGUUGUGCUUGCAAAAUCAUUUCGUGUUCGUUCCAUUCUGAGGGAAAUAACUGGGCCUUUGCAGCAUCGUUCUUUCCAGCAUGAUUUUGUUCCCAGGGAUCCCAAUGUCAAGCCUAAAAAGUAUAAAUACCCUGCAUUUUAUGAUCCAUAUGGUCCCAGACCGCCACCCUCGGAAAAAAUACUUCAGCUUGCUGAACGAAUUGUAGCAUUAGCCCCCGAAGAACGGUCUCAAAUCGGUCCUGCUCUCACUCUCAAGCUAACGCUUCCAAAACUGGAGAAGAUAUCAACCGAAGGGAUGGACUUGGGUGCACAAGGAGGGUCUGCUGCUGGGGCAAAGGCUGAAGAGAAGAAAGUGGAGAAAACGGCAUUUGAUGUGAAGUUGGAGAAGUUUGACACAGCUGCAAAGAUCAAGGUGAUUAAGGAAGUCAGGUCUUUUACUAGUUUGGGUUUGAAGGAAGCUAAAGAUUUGGUUGAGAAGGUACCUGUUUUGAUUAAACAAGGAGUUACCAAAGAAGAGGCAGCUGAGAUUAUAGAGAAGUUAAAGGCUGCUGGAGGAGUUGCUACCAUGGAGUAGGAGGGUUUAUGGGUUGUUAUGUAUUGCUAAGUCUCUGUAUGGGAUAUUCCCCAGUUUUGUGAUGUUGGGAAAUUCUUAAUCUUUCAAAGCUGUGUUUUUGUGAUGUUCUUGAGUUCUCAAUGGCCAUUAAUUAAAGAUUAUAAAGAAUAAUGGUUAAAGUGAAGACCUUGAACCAGAUUUUGGAGUUGAGACAACAAUCUAAGCUUUGCUUUCCUUUUUAGUUCCAA